AUGGAAGCCUUAAAGAGUAACAACGCUAAACUUACGGCUCUUCUUACAGCCGAUGUCUUUGAGAAGGUUCGCCGCGUCUGGUUUUCAAAUAUACCUAACGAUGACCACAUGUUUGUCCCAUCUCAGGAAGAUGUUUUGCAAUGGUUCUCCCGGAGCGAGGAUUUUGAUGCCAUCUGCAAGGCGGAGUUUGGUUCGAUAUUAACCACUCUAGAGGGGCUUAAUCCUACAGGGGACGAAAUUCUUGCCAAAGCCGAACUCACGUCUGCUCUUGAUUGGAUGAGUCUAGUUAUUCUACUUGACCAAAUGCCGCGAAAUUGCUUUAGAGAGGAAAAGGCUGGUAUUGCCUAUAAAAGUUUCGACGAACGAGCCUUGUCUGUAGCCCUAGAGGCGAUCCGACAAGGUAUUCCCGAGGACCAGCUUCUUCGUUACCGGCAAACACAAAGGUUCUGGUUUUAUAUGCCUCUAGAGCACUCGGAAAGCAUGGAAAUGCAAAACAUGUUGUUUUUGGAGCAUAAGCGAAUGUUUAGCGACAGUCUCUGUCUCCUCUUUGGAGUUCCAGCAGAGGUUGAAGAAGAUGAGCAGGUGCUUCAAGUGACAAGAGGAGUGCUUGGCCGACGAAAAAUAGCUCUUGAAAAGUGGGUUGAAACUCUGUCAAGAAUCGCAUCAGAGCACAGGGAGGUCCUGAAACGGUUUGGCCGGUACCCGCAUCGCAACAGACCUUUAAACCGUGUCUCUACAAAGAAAGAGCUUGAAUACUUGAUAAGUCUUGAGACGUAA